AAUCGAAAAAAAAUUAGUGUUUGAUAUCAACAAAGUGAGUUAGGUCAUGUAGUUUUGUUGUGUGUGACAUGAAAUAAUUGUCAUUUGUGUGAUUAUGUUGUGUUCUUAAUUUUUUUUAUUCUUAAAAAUAAUUAUUUUUCACCUCUAUGACUUAAAAACGUGUAGGAUACGUGAAAUCGUUAAUACUCGGUUUAAUUCGUGUAUAGUCGAUCAUCUAAUUAGUACGUGGUGAAAAACACAACUAAAAAAAGUGACUUAAAUUACUUUACAAGUGUAAUUUUAAUAAAAUUAUUUAUAAAACGAAUCCAAUAAUUUGAUGAAAAUAUGGGGUUACUUUUAUCGGUGUUAGUUCAAUGCAUUGGUGUUAUUGAAGUGAUUGCAUGUUACGAACACUUCCGAUAUAGUAUACAAGAAAGACGAACUGAAGAGUUAUUGCAAAUUAAGCAUAAUUUACAGCGGGAGUUUGAAGUCAUUGAUGAACAUAAUCAUGAUGAAUGUUCAACAUGCGAAGAGGAAUUAUUGGAACAAUUACGACAAACAUACGAAGAAAAAAUAUUUGCGAACGAAACGAAAAGCACUAAAUCGAUUUCAGCAGAUUCAAGCAUUUUAGAAACAAUUGACGAAAUUGUUGAUAAAGAAAUCACUGACGAUCAAUCGGCGGUUAAUGCAGAAACAUUAAAUAAAAUUAUUGUUAGUUCAUUACAGAUACAACAAGGUAUUAUUAUAGGUAAUAAUUUUCUUGAAGGCGGUGAACAUAUUCCCAAUGGCAAAGUUCAAUCGGAUGGUAGUGCAACUGAAGAGGAGUAUGUACCAAUUGUCGAAGGAGAAUCAUUAUUACCACCCGAUACUUCGACGACAACCGUAGAUGAAGACACCGUAGAAAAUACAAAAGAUCAAAUCUCUUCUUCUGUAUGGACAAAUGACGAAUCCGUUUCUGAAAUUCAAUCGACUGUUUUAGAUAAAGCUACGUUAUCCUUAUUAAAUAAUGAAAUUGAAAGCUCAGAAAAUAUUACUUCAACAGAAUUAGAAGAUCAAUCAUUAUUUACAUCUAAAGAAGAAGAUAUUCAAUCUGAAAGUUUGGUCGUCAAUUUCAAUUCAUCAAAAGAUACUGAAAGUGAAAUAGACACUACUUGGCUAGACGAAGAUAGAAGUAACUUAAAUGAUACAGAAUCGUCAUUUUGGUCAGAAAAUACGGGAAAUGUUGAUCAAGAUGAGCAACAAUCAUUUUGGGAACACGAAAAUGCUGAUACGCCAGACUAUACUUCAGAUGUCCGCCCAGCAUUUUUAACGGAACAAGCAGAAGCUAAAAAUUUGUCACAGGAAGAUCAAAAUAUUGAAGCCGAGGAACAGAUCGAAUCAAUUUGGGAAGACAAAGAUGAUGCUGUUGAAUACAAUUCAGAAGCUCAACCAACCGGAGACAAGACUCAAGAAACUGUAAAUAAAUCCGAAAUCAAUGUUGAAAAUAAGACUGAAAUUGAAUCAUUCUGGGAAGAGGAACGAGAUGAAAUUGAUAAUAAACCUGAAGUUGAAUCAUUCUGGGAAGAGGAAAAAGAUGAAAUUGAUAAUAAACCUGAAACUGCAUCAUUCUGGGAAGAGGAAAAAGAUGAAAUUGAUAAUAAACCUGAAAUUGAAUCAUUCUGGGAAGAGGAAAAAGAUGAAAUUGAUAAUAAACCUGAAGUUGAAUCGUUUUGGGAAGAGGAAAAAGAUGAAAAUGAUUUUAAACCAGAAAAGAAUGAAGAACCUGAAAUUGAAUUCUCCAAACAAAUCGAGUCUUCAAAGACGAGUGAUGAAAAUGAAACUGGAGACAAAGAAGACUUAGAUAAUUUACAAACAAAGCUUGAAGAAGAAGACAAUUCAAAUAAUAUUCAAGAAUCUCUUUGGCCUGAAGAACAAGAGGAAGAUAACUUUGUUGUCAAUGUAAUUGAAGCUGAAAUAGGAUUACCAUUAGCAGACGAUAAAACUCGUGAUUUGGAAAAGUCAGAAGAAGAUGCAAAAAGAAACCAUUUAGAAGUGAAUGUUGCGGAGGAAGAAUUAAGUAACGCAACGGAUUUAACUGAUUUAAGUGAUGAAUCUGAGGCUGAAUUACAAUUUGAAAAUAAAGAUUCGGAUCCAGAAGUUUUGGCACCGAACGACAUUGGUGGUAUUGCUAUGGAAAUGGAAAAAACAUUAAAAGAAGAUGAAAUUGAAUCUAGUGAAAACUCAGAGGAAAUUAAGAAAAAUGAAAAUGUCGUGACUGAUAUUAAAAGUAUGUCUGACCAACCUCUUGCAAAAGAAAAUUUCAGCCUGAUAAAUGCAUCAAUUAAAGACGAAAGUUUAAAAAUAAUGGAACAUGAAGAAAAGGCAGGACAGCCUAAACCUAUUGAUAUUGUACAGACAAAUGCUACAGAAGGUAUUGAACGCACUAUUAGCUCAGAAAUACCUGAAAUAGCACCCGCUAUUGCAUCAGAAAUUCUAAAUAUUUCUGAAGAAUUUCUGAAAGAGGAAGAAGGAACUGAAGUAUUGUCUCCUGAAGAUUCUCCACGCGUUGGUGAAGAAAUAUCUGAAGAAGUACAGGCUGUUUUGAGAGAGUUUGAACAUGUUCCAUAUGAACCUCCAGAAAUCAUAGAACUUAUUCGUACCCCCGAACCUCCAAUACCUGCUGAUGUACAAUUUAGUGAUGAAAUUAUUGAAGAAGUUGAACGUGCUGACAGCCCAGAUGUACUCGAAAUACCGGAAAUAUCAGAAGAACUACCUUAUGUCGUAAAUUUUGUACUUAAUCCUACAGCAGGUGAAGAAAUGCAAGCAGACGUUGUACAGAAUGAUGUAGGAAAUGUAUCUAACGAUUUUAGUUCUGUUCAUUAUAAUAUUAUUCCCCAAGUUCGAGGAGCACCAAAUGAAAUUCUUGAAGAAAACGUUAACACCAUAACUGAUGAACUGUCCGAGUUAAGUAUGUUUACUGAGACGGACUUACCGGAAGGAUUUGAACAUGCUGAUGGUGCAUUUUACUUGAUUGACGAUGGAGUAACUAAAACACAUGUGUAUAUUGAUCGUAAGACAAAUUCCGUCGUAGAGUUGAUACCAGAUAUUCAACAUGAUCAAUUAACGAUUCAAGAUUAUCAUGAAGGUAUCGAUAGACCUGCAUCACCCUAUCCUCCAGAUGAAGUAGUUGCCUCGAAUAAAAAUAGAUUACAUAUUCCCGAUUCCGUUAUUGAAGGUGAAUCUAGCUGUGAUGAAGAUAAGAACACUGAAGAAGAAAAAGAUGAAACAAAAGAUAUUGUUGAACCAUUACCAGAAAAAAGUGAUGUUAUAAAAGAAGACCGUCCAAAACUUGGCGAUAAGACCAUGUCUUUAGGUGAAAGCUCUGAUGAUAUUGUGUUGUUUGAAGCUAGUGCACGUGGUAAAUUAACUAAAAGAGUUUCUUUUGCAGAAGAAGAAGAAACGGUUAUACCAUCCCCACCGUCCGAAGAGGAAUUAUUUGAGGAGGAUGAUGACAAUGUUUUUUUAAAACCAGAUCAAAAUUCAUUAGACAUUAAGUGGGAUAAUUCGUCUAGUGAUGAAAUCGAAUUACCAAAGCCUGAAAACGAAACUGGUCCAUCACCGAAAAUUCCUAGUUUAGAUAUACGUACAGAGUCGUUAGAAUCUGAAUACGAUAAUCAAAAUUUACCACCUGCAAAACAGCGAGAAAAUUUACCAGCCUUCUGGAAUCGUACUAUAACGUCACAAAAUGCAUCAUUAGAACAGACUUCAUCUAUCGAAUUUCCAGGGUCACAAAAUACAUCUAUUGAUCAAAACACGUCCCUCGACUUACCGUUAAGCUCGCAAGUUAACAUCCAAGAAAGUGGUAGCACACUUAAAAAACAAAUAACUUUGGCUACAGAUUUGCGUAAUCGUUUUGCUAAAAUGGAUUCGUCUAUAUCUGUAGGCUCCGAUAAUCAAAGUUUUGAAGAGGGGAGUUCAGAAGGAUUUAUUCCACAAAGUACAAUAAGUAUUCAACAAAAACAAUUAUUAAGAAAUGAUUCCGCCGACACAAAACCAUUACACACAGUGCAAGAAAUUGAAUCAUCCGAAAAUCAAAGUAAAAUUUUCGUUAAAAAUUACGAUGGUGAUAUUCAAUGUUUCAUUGACGAAAACGGUGUCCAAGGUCGUAGAAAAAGUGAUACAAUUUGCAUAAAAGAACCAGAUGGUACGUUAAAAUGUUUUGAGACUGUCGAUCCGGAAAAUGUCCCAGAAGAUGUUGAUUUGGAAUACAAAAAACCUCAACAUGUUAAAUGUAUUGUAAUUAAUGACAUACCAGUUUGUGAGAUAAUUCGAAAUAACAAUGAUGAACCAGUUGAUGAAGAAACAAUUCGAAAUCAACGUGUUCUUGAAAUCGAUAUACCUGUUAUUGAUCCAGAAGAUGUCCCAGCUCCAAAUGUUAGUGAGGAAAUGCUAAAUUCACUGGAUGGUAUUAGACCAUCCUCAUCUUUGACACGUGAUCGACGUAGAAAAUUCCGUAAUCAUAGCUCAUCACCAAAUUCAUCUCGAUCUUCUUCAAGAUCUUCUCGAUCUUCACGUGAUGAAGAAUUACGUAUGUUUACAUCACUUGAAGAACAAGAACAAGGUAUUUCGCAAUCUAAAUUAGAUGAACUUUUAAAACACAGUACAGAAAAUUUAAAUGAAAAUAGUGAAGGAAUCUCUUCGGCGAGUGUUUUAUCAUCACCACGCUUAAAACGUAAACCUAAUAGCUAUCGUAAAACACGUAGUAGUGAAAAUUUAAGUGUCGAUCAUAAAAGAGGACUUCGUCAUUCACCAUCCAAACAACGUCAUCAAACUGUUGAUUUGAUAUCCGAUCAUGACGUCAUACAUGAAGAUGUUAAGUUAGAGAACCAAUUAUUAAAACAUGCAAGUGAUAUUACUACUACCAAUAACGAACUCAAUAAAAUUAGUGAUGAUGGAACUGUUCAGAACACUGAAGAAAAUACAAAUUCAUCUACAGGACAACCUUUCUGGAGUGAUUGAAAUGAUGAUCGGGGGCGUGCGAAAUGGGUGUUCAGGGAAGACAGAUUCCAUCCAUGUCCACAAUAAUAUUAAUUCAAACUCUUAAUAUAUAGUUUAGUUUUUAUUUUUAG